AGAGCGUGGUGUCUGCGCGUCUGAGCCUGUCACAGCGAGAUGUUCAUGCUCAUUCGAGAGCCGUCCGCCGGAGGAGGCGGUGGAGCUAUGAGCGCACCACCGGAGAGGAGCGCGAAACAGGUUCAGGCCUCGAUCAAGAGGAAGAUGGAGAGGCAGAAGAGGCGAAGCAUCGAGCAGGGCAUGCUCAUCGCUGAGGGUCUGGGCGCCACCCACGUGCCUCCGCAGCGUCAGAGAUCCAGACAGCCGCCCCAGACGACGGCGGCAGAGGCGGCUGAGGACAGCGAGGCGCUGGAGGAGCAGCUGGAGGAGAUGCUGGAGGGACGUCGCAGGACCAGCGAGGAGAAAGAGGCGGAGGAAGACUCUGCAGACCUGCUGCCCAUCGUAAACUCAGUGUUUGGACAGGACAGAGAGCUGAGACCAGAGGAGCUUGAAGAGCUCCGCGUGGCGUUUGUGGAGUUUGACAAGAACAAGAAGGGCUACAUCAGUCACAGAGACCUGGGGGAGUGCAUGAGGACGAUGGGAUACAUGCCCACCGAGAUGGAGCUCAUUGAACUGAGCCAACAGAUCAGUGGAGGCAAGAUUGACUUUGAGGAUUUUGUGGAGCUGAUGGGACCAAAGCUGCUGGCAGAGACAGCAGACAUGAUCGGAGUCAAAGAGCUACGAGAUGCAUUCAAAGAGUUUGACUCCGACGGUGACGGUCAGAUCAGCUUGACGGAGCUGCGUGAAGCCAUGAAGAAGCUGAUGGGCGAACAAGUGACCAACAGAGAGAUCAGCGAGAUCCUAAAGGACGUCGACCUCAACGGUGACGGCCAGGUGGACUUUGAGGAGUUUGUGCGGAUGAUGUCUCGCUGAUCAGCCCAGCUGCCCCAGAGACGACGCAGGAAAAGGGAACACAGUACUGCAGUGAACUUUAUUUUUCUUGUGAUAAAUAUAUGUAUUUUUAUAUUACAUAGUGAUACAGGAAAAUAUAUAACGAAGGUGAAUGAAAGAAUACAAACAGCAGUGCAAUACAUAUCAGUUUUACAAAAGAAAAAUGUAUAAUUUCCUGUUUUUUAACAUAUUUUUAUAUGUGAGUGGUUGGUUUUUGAGUGUAAUGUUUGUAAAAAUGUAAAAAUGCUGAUUUUAAUAAUGAAUAAAAAUAUACAAAGAGAAGCCA